CACUCAUCACCAAAUCCACAUCCUUCUUACAGCGUCAAGCCCUAGUCUUCUUCUACCUUACCGUCAAUGGCCAGAACCAAGCAGACAGCCCGCAAAUCCACCGGCGGCAAAGCCCCUCGCAAGCAGUUGGCAACAAAGGCAGCGCGCAAAUCCGCUCCGGCAACCGGCGGUGUGAAGAAACCUCACCGCUUCCGGCCAGGAACAGUGGCUCUGAGGGAGAUCAGAAAGUACCAGAAGAGUACGGAGCUCCUCAUCCGCAAGCUGCCGUUUCAGCGCCUAGUACGUGAGAUUGCGCAAGACUUCAAGACGGAUCUCCGCUUCCAGAGUUCCGCCGUUGCUGCGCUGCAGGAGGCUGCUGAGUCUUAUCUUGUUGCACUUUUCGAGGAUACCAAUCUUUGUGCCAUUCAUGCUAAGAGGGUCACCAUUAUGCCUAAGGAUAUCCAGCUUGCUCGCCGGAUUCGCGGUGAGAGGGCUUAAAGUCUUCCGUAUAAGCUUUCAAGAUCCCGCUUUGUAAUUUCUUUCUCGUUUCUAUGUUGCCUUUGUUGUGUAAUGCUAUCUUGUUGAAUGUAAGGAAUUGAAGAUGCCAUCUUUAAUGAAUAUCUUUGUUUUAACAAAUUGGAAUGUUUGAUGGCCGUAACUUUCAAUGAAGAAUUUGUUUGGAUCCUGGAAA